AUGACAAUGAACAACCAAACUGUCAUCUCCCAGUUCUUCCUCCAAGGCCUGCUCAUCCCCUCAGAAUAUCAGCACCCAUUCUAUGUCCUGUUCCUGGCCAUGUACCUCACCACUGUCCUAGGAAACCUCAUCAUCAUCAUCCUCAUUCUACUGGACUCCCAUCUGCACACUCCCAUGUACUUGUUUCUCAGCAACUUGUCCUUCUCUGACCUCUGCUUCUCCUCUGUCACAAUGCCCAAAUUGCUACAAAACAUGGAAAGCCAGGACCCAUCCAUCUCUUACGCAGGUUGUCUAACACAAAUGUACUUUUUAAUGGUUUUUGGAGACAUGGAGAGCUUCCUUCUUGUGGUCAUGGCCUAUGACCGCUAUGUGGCCAUCUGUUACCCCCUUCGGUACACCAGUAUAAUGAACACCAAGCUCUGUGUAACUCUGGUAGCACUGUCCUGGGUCCUUACCGUGCUGUAUUCCAUGUUGCACACCCUACUUCUUGCUAGACUGUCAUUCUGUGAGGACAAUGUGAUCCCCCAGUUUUUUUGUGACAUAUCUGCUGUGCUCAAGUUGGCCUGCUCUGAUGUUUAUAUUAAUGAACUAAUGAUAUUUAUCUUGGGAGGGUUUGUUAUUGUCAUCCCAUUUUUAUUUAUUGUUGUUUCCUAUGUACAAAUUGUCUCCUCCAUUCUAAAAGUUUCUUCUGUUCAUGUUUUCUACAAGGUCUUCUCCACCUGUGGCUCCCACCUGUCCGUGGUCUCACUGUUCUAUGGGACAAUUAUUGGUCUCUACCUAUGUCCAUCAGCUAAUAACUCCAGUGUGAAGGAGACAGCCAUGGCCAUGAUGUACACAGUGGUGACUCCCAUGCUGAAUCCCUUCAUUUACAGCCUAAGGAACAGAGAUAUGAAAGAGGCCCUGAUAAGGGUCCUAUGCAAGAAGAAAAUCUCCUUAUAG